AUGACAACCCUCGAGCCUCGGCCUCCGUACUCACAAGAUGAGCUCAAACAGUUAUAUCCACUUCAAUUACGCCUUCAGCACGUCCAGGUCCUCCUCCGACAUGGCGAACGCACACCGGUCAACGCUCGUUUCGCAUCUGCGGGUCUCGCGACCUACUGGCCCUAUUGCUCAGCAGCUCGUCGUAUGACGAGUGCCAUUCUGGAUCCUUCCGUUGCCAACUCCCAAAUUGAUUCUGCCUCAAAUCCUGGCAUUACUGCUCUCGAGUGGAAGCGGCGAAUCGAGAAAUUUGGCCCUGAUGAUUCCCCCAUCGUAGCCACCGGCCAACAUGGCGAGCUCGAUGCUAUUUGUGAAAUGGGUAUGUUGACCGAUCGUGGACGAGAAACUACCUACAACCUUGGUCAGCGCCUGCGACAUUUAUAUGUCAACCAGCUUCGCUUUCUCCCGGAGAAUCUCACUACCGACACUGAUACGGCUGCUAUAUACCUUCGAGCGACGCCUAUUCCUCGUGCUCUCGAAUCUCUACAGCAAGCUUUCUAUGGUCUUUAUCCUCCAUCUACUCGUGGCUCUCACCCUGGCCUCCAUCCCCCAACCAUCCUCACACGAUCACCCGCUGAUGAGACCCUCUUCCCGAACGACGGCAACUGCCGCCGGUUCGCCACUCUUGCUCGUGCUUUUGCUGAACGCUGUGCCGAACGAUGGAAUGAUUCGGAAGAUAUGGCAUAUCUAACUAAACGCCUCGGCCGCUGGAUGCCUGAAGAUACCCCGCGUGUUGCUGUAAACUCUCGUCCUCGUCUAAGUGGAAUCAUGGAUACUAUCAAUUCCACAAAGGCUCAUGGCCCAGAUACUCGACUUCCGAAGGAGUUUUAUGAUCCAGAGGUUAAGCGGAUCAUCGAAAAGAUCGGUGUUGAGGAAUGGUAUGCCGGCUAUAAGGAGAGCGAGGAGUAUCGCACAUUGGGUAUUGGUGCUUUACUCGGCGACAUAGUGUCUCGCUUGGUCGGCAGCGCCGAGCAUUCGACUGCGGAUGGUGAGUAUGAGCUGGCCACCAAUAAACAAGGCUCUAUCACUAUACAUCCGUCUGUAAAAUUUGGAAUGAGCGGGUGUCAUGAUACUACACUUGCCGCCACGCUUGCCAGCCUUGGUGCUUUCAACGAAGAAGCCUGGCCACCAUUCACCAGUCAUGUCGCGAUUGAGCUCUUUCGCCAUAUCGAUACAGCCACCACGGCUCCCAAACCCGGCAGCACCCUCUCUUUCGUGGGUUUGGGCAACAAACCAACACCUGUGGCUGGAAUUCCACCACCAGGCAUUGGUCGGAAGAAGACCCCAGACCUUACCGAGGAGGAAAAAGAGCGACUCAAGGGCUACUAUGUCCGAGUUCGCUACAACGACCGUCCAGUCUCAGUCCCUGGCUGCAAAUACCAGGGCAAGCACCUCGAUGGCGAUGAGUCCUUCUGCACCCUAGAAGCCUUCAAGGAAAUCGUGGACAAGUACACACCUACUAAUUGGAGAAACCAGUGUCGUGCCAACAUGAAGGAAUCUGCGUUUCCUUCCAAGCCCGAACCUUCGGGUUACUGA